UAUUCCCAGAAUGCAAUGGGCGUCGCGCUCAGGCGAAAGGAAGUGUGGCUGCUGAGAAUUUGUAGAGCCAACAUGCCUCGGUAUGCGCAGCUGGUCAUGGGCCCAGCAGGGAGCGGGAAGAGCACCUACUGUGCCACCAUGGUCCAGCACUGUGAAGCUCUCAACCGCUCUGUCCAGGUGGUAAACCUAGAUCCGGCCGCAGAACACUUCAACUACCCUGUGAUGGCUGACAUCCGGGAACUGAUUGAAGUGGAUGAUGUCAUGGAGGAUGACACUCUGCGGUUUGGUCCCAAUGGAGGGUUGGUGUUUUGCAUGGAGUAUUUCGCCAAUAACUUUGACUGGCUGGAGAACUGUCUUGGCCAUGUGGAAGAUGACUACAUUCUUUUUGACUGUCCAGGUCAGAUUGAGCUGUAUACUCACCUGCCUGUGAUGAAACAGCUGGUCCAGCAGCUGGAACAGUGGGAGUUCCGAGUCUGUGGUGUGUUCCUUGUUGAUUCUCAGUUCAUGGUAGAGUCCUUUAAGUUUAUUUCUGGCAUCCUGGCUGCCCUGAGUGCCAUGAUCUCUUUAGAAAUCCCGCAAGUUAAUAUCAUGACGAAAAUGGAUCUGUUGAGUAAGAAAGCUAAGAAGGAAAUUGAGAAGUUUCUAGAUCCAGACAUGUAUUCUUUUUUAGAAGAUUCAACCAGUGAUUUAAAAAGCAAAAAAUUCAAAAAAUUGACUAAAGCUGUAUGUGGACUGAUUGAUGACUACAGCAUGGUCCGGUUUUUACCAUAUGAUCAGUCAGAUGAAGAAAGCAUGAACAUCGUACUACAGCAUAUCGAUUUUGCCAUUCAGUAUGGGGAAGACUUGGAAUUUAAAGAGCCAAAGGAGCACGAAGAUGAGUCUUCCUCUAUGUUUGAUGAGUUCUUUCAAGAAAGCCAAAAUGAAUGAAACAUUUACUCAGUGUCACCAUACAUAUAUAUAUAUAUAUGAAGAUCUUGUGGCCAAAUUGGCAGAAUAUUCUCUUCAAAGAAAACAGUAGGAGAAACCUGCUUAUAUGUUAGUGGGGGAAAAAACACUGCCUGGAGCAUCCCUGGAUCGAGUUCUAAGUUAUUGUGAAGCUGCUGCUGUCCAAAGGAGGAUCUUUUAGACUUGGCGGAGAAGCUCAGCCACACAACACUGUGAAGCACAUGCAGAGCCCGGCUUCGAUUCCACAGAAGGGGAUGGGAGUGGCAUGGAAUCUUUAGCAGGAUUCUGAUAGCAUCAAUUUAAUUACAUUUUCUCUUGAGGUUUUAUUUAGGCCGCUCUGGCCUUAGCGUCAUUAUGUCAUCCACCAGGCUGGAGCUCAUGGCUGGAACAUCCUGUCCCAGCUUCCUGAGUGCCAGGAUUACAGGUGUGCGCCACCACACUUGAUUUAUCAGUUUAGAUUUUAAAAAUCAAA